AUGUCUGAUCACGCGCCUGCAAUUAAUGCGUCGGAACAUUAUCUUGGACUCGUUUUGCCUUCAUUUGACUUUUCUAACCCACGUGUUUGGUUUGCUCAAGUGGAAGCUAUUUUCCGUUUCCGUAAGAUUACAUCUCAGUCCACAAUGUUUUCAUAUGUGACUGCUCAUUUACCGUCCAACAUCGCCUCUGAGGUCAUCGACAUUCUUGACCCUAUGCCCCUAGAGUCCCCCUAUGAUAAACUUAAGGCAGCUAUAUUAAAGCGCACUACAGCCUCAGACGAGACACGCCUUCAGCAGUUACUCUCUGGUGUUGAACUUGGAGAUAGAACGCCAUCACAGUUACUCCGACACAUGCGUUCCCUC